AUGCAGAGUGGGCAUGGAAAUCAUUCAUCAGCUGGUGCAUCAUCAGAUGCAUGGAAGUCAGUGAAACGUUAUGUUUCUUCGUCUAAACUUGCUGAACGAAGCAUGUCACUUGUCAAGAAGAGCUCUAGUCCCCCACUAAACAUAUCUUCUCCCUCAUCCACAAAUUUCCAAGAUAGCAGUGGGGAGUUAUAUGAUGCCUCCAAAAGCACUCCAUUUAUGCAAGUACAGUCCUUUGAUAGACUUGCACAUGACGCUAUGUCAGCCAAUCAUUAUGGAGAAUAUGGUGCUAAGUCCAACUCUUUGUACUCCCUUUCUGCUCGAGAAAAGGAGUGGCAGUCCGAAGCUUUGCCAAAUAACAAUGCACAGGCUGGAUGGGCGAAGGUUCAGGAAAAAAUGUCAAGGAAAAAUAUUGAAUUGGAUGAACAGAGUAUAGAGGAAAGAUUGUUGCAGAAAUUGUCGGAAGAAGAAGCCACUAGACGGCAGAUUGAAACGCGAAGUGAUAACCUUGCUCCUAGAAGACCAGCAAUCCCACCAUCGCGGCUGAAGCAUGCAAAGUCUGUUAAGAAACAUGAUUCAGUCAAAGUAAAUGGAGAUCUAGCCGACACUUACGUUGGGGGGAAUUCGCCAGACUUGAAUAUACCAAAUGGAUCAAACAAGGUAGGUAAAAUCAGUGGAACAGUUGAAAGAAAAGAAGCAGAAGCUUAUCAUUCUCUUCGAGAAAAUGAAUGGAAAAUGAGGGUCGAGAUGCUUGAGGAAGAAUUGAGGGAGGCAGCAGCAACUGAGGUGAGUUUAUUUUCCAUAGUUGCAGAGCAUUCCAGUUCUGUACAUAAGGUCCAUGCUCCUGCUCGGCGACUAUCCAGAUUUUAUAAGAAUGCUUGCAGAACAAGAUCACAAGCUAAACGAGCUAGUGCAGCAAGAACUGCCGUAUCUGGGCUAGUUCUGGUUUCUAAAGCAUGUGGAAAUGAUGUACCAAGGCUAACCUUCUGGUUAUCCAAUUCAAUAAUGUUGAGGUCCAUUAUCAGCCAGAUUGCUGCAGAACUGCCAAAUGAACCAAGUAUAAAUAGUAAUGAUGGAAGACUUUCAGACACAGCCCGUCUUAAGGGUAAGGGGCAUCGGUCUCAGUCAAUUGAUGAAUCCGAUGACUUGGAAGACGUCUUGACAUUCCUUAUUGCACUCGAAAGAGUUGAAUCAUGGCUGUUUUCUCGAAUUGUUGAGUCCAUUUGGUGGCAGACUUUUAUACCACAUAUGCAGCCCACUGUUUACAAAGACAGUAACAAAGAAAGAAGCUCAAGUAAAAAGAAAACCAGCUCAAGAAGAAAUUAUUUGGGUGGUAAUGAGCAGGCAAGUUUUUCAAUAGAGUUGUGGAGGAAAGCAUUCAAAGAUGCCCGUGAAAGACUUUGUCCAAUUCAGGCACGAGGGCAGACAUGUGGCUGCUUGUCUGCACUGGUUAUACUGGUGAUGCAGCAGUUAGUUAAUAGGCUCGAUGUGGCAAUGUUCAAUGCUAUUCUGCGUGAAUCUGCCAAAGUUAUGCCGACUGAUCCUGUUUCUGAUCCCAUUAGUGACACCAAAGUCCUCCCAGUGAAGCCUGGCAAAGCAAGCUUUGGUACUGGAGCACAAUUGAAAAAUAUUAUUGGAAAUUGGUCAAGAUGGCUCACAGAUCUCUUUGGAUUAGAAGAUGACUCAACAGAUGAUGAAGGUGUUACUCUUGGGGACAUCAGCAAACCAAAACCUUACAAGGCAUUUUGUCUCCUCCGUGCGCUGAGCGAUCUCAUGAUGCUUCCCUAUGAAAUGCUCGUUGAUGUUUCCACAAGAAAAGAGGUCUGCCCAAUGUUCGGCCCAGCAAUAAUCAAAAGGGUUCUAAAAAACUUUGUCCCUGAUGAAUUCAGCCCCGAUCCCAUCCCACCAUACGUAAUUCACAUCCUCAGUGCAGAGGAGAGGCCAGAUUCUCCAGAGGAGAUGAUCACAAGCUUUCCCUACGUCUCAACUGGUACAAAGUAUUCACCGCCGCCAGCAGCUCUGCUGUCCUGUGUGGGAGAGGUAGGCAAGCAAGUGCUCAAGAGUAGCAGGCUUUCGACACUGAAGAAAUCCUACAGCAGUGACGAUGAGAUGGAUGAGCUGGACUCGCCCUUGACCACAAUCAUCCCCGAUAGCUACCAGAGCUCUGCUGCAUUAGCAAAGCUUAGCUUCAUGCCUAAGGAAAAGGGAGGUACCAAUGCUAUCCGGUAUCAGCUGCUCCGUGAGAUAUGGAGAGAUGAUGAUUAGUUAUGUGGAAGAUUUUUGUAGACUCUUAUUAUUUAUGUCAAGCUUCUUCAACAACACAUACUAUUAUGGUUUAGAGUUGCAAUUUCUA